AUGUGUUCGAUUAUGCUCAGAGGACUGCUACCACGAAGGGCAUCGAGUACCUUUACCAUCAAUCAAGCUAUUUCAAACGUGCUGCUCCACGCCGAGGCGCGCUCCGCCUACGACAACGGCAUGCGCGCCAUCCUGCAGAAGAAGGCGACGCUGGACGCCAUGACGGCGCGUCGGAGAAAACUGGUAGAGGAGCUGCACGAGCGCGAGGAGGCGGCGAAACGGCAGAAGAUGGAUGAGGAGAAGGGUACCUCUAAACAGUGA